AUGUCCACCCCCCUGAACCUUGACGAAGAGGUCCGACUAUACACCAACAACGCAGAGCGCGACCAAUAUGGGCUCCUUGCAACGCUGUUUGGCAUCAUCGUCGCCCUGGAAUAUCUCGAACGCGCGUAUGUGCGCGACUCCGUGUCUGCGUCGGAGUAUUCUCCCGCAUGCACGCGACUGCUGUCGCAGUACAAGACCAUGCUGAAGCUCGUGGGUGACGAGGUGCAGUCGAUCGAGCAGUUCAUGGCGCGGUAUCGGAUGGACCAUCCCGCAGCGCUGCAUCGAAUACAGGUGGGCGUGCCGGCUACGGUGGAGCAUUCGAGCGAGGCAGGACCGGAAACGGCGAAGUGGGUCGCGGAGACGACGCAGAACUUCAUCACCUUCGUGGACGCGCUGAAGCUGCGCAUGCGCGCGAAGGACCAGCUGCACCCCGUCCUCCAAGAGCUCGUGACAAGCUACGCGCGGUUCACAGGGAGCAAAGACUGGGAAGGCCGGAGCAAGAUGGUCGGAUGGCUGAUCACGCUCAACGGGAUGAAGGCGUCGGAGGAGCUCACGGAGGAGCAGGCGCGGCAGCUGUCUUUCGACAUCGAGCAUGCAUACGCCGAGUUCUUCAGAAGCCUGAGUGGCAAGGACGACCAUUCGUGA